GAGUGGCACAGAGAGAUCUGGCGAAAGAGAAGGCUUGAGACAGAGGCCAAGACAACGUUCCAGUCCGACGAGGGUUUGUCGAAGGAGACGAGAGUGUGCCGGGUGAGCUUGGGAGAGGAGAGGAGAAUAGAGAAAGAAGAAAGAACAGCAGAGACGACAAGGUCAAUGCGAAGGGAUCCUCGAGGUCUUAAUAUGGGGAAGGGGAAGGUUGAAAUUCUGGAUGAGAGAGUGUGUGACCCGUCACCCAGAGAGAGAGGAGUGGAUAAUGUGCUGGGACUAAGACCAGCGGCUCCUCCCCUCCCACCUUUUCCCCUUGCCUUACCUUACGGAUACCGUGCCUUGCCUUCCCCUUCGUCAACACCCCUCCACCCUGGUACACCAAGUACCAAGUAUAUAUUUGUAUGGACGGAUACGUAG